CAAAAAAAUAAACUUUAAAUGUUUUUCACUUUAAUUUUUUUUAAAUAAAUAAAUUCCAUGUCUAUUUAUACCUAAACGUUUCGUCUUUGUUAAAAUAGUAUCUCACGUGUUCGGUUUUUACGAUUUCGAUUUUUUUUUUUUUGAUUUUCAUUCGUUUGUUUGCUUGUUUGUUUAAAAAAUUUCCACAACAAAAUGGGUAAACUAUGGAAGAUUGUUGAAAAUUAUUUCAAAGUUCAUGAUAUUGCCGAACAUCAUAUCAAUUCAUACAAUAGUUUCAUUGAGAAAGGUAUGAAAGAUAUUGUUGCCGCCAAUGAUCGUAUUACAUCCGAAGUUGAUCCAGAUUGGUAUGUGAAAUAUUUAAAUAUUCAUGUCGGCAUGCCAGAAUUACGUGAUGGCCACAAUAAACAUUCAUUGACACCGCAAGAAUGUCGAUUACGUGAUCUAACAUAUUCGGCACCAAUCUAUGUUGAUAUUGAAUAUACAUAUGGUCAAGAUGUUUUAACACAAAAAAAUCUAUUGAUUGGACGUAUGCCAAUAAUGCUUCGUAGUAAUAAUUGUGUGUUGAAUCAAAAAAAUCGUGAUGAAUAUUUCCAAUUACAAGAAUGUCCACUAGAUCCAGGCGGUUAUUUCAUUAUUAAUGGUAGUGAAAAAGUGAUUUUGAUGCAAGAACAACAAUCAAAAAAUCGUAUUUUUACAUUUAAAAAUGAUGAUGAAGUUAUUUGCGAAGUAACAAGUAUUGCUACGGAGAAAAAAUCUCGUCUUACAUUACAGAUGAAUAAAAAAAGACAGAUAAUGGUCAAACACGGUGUUUUCAAAGACGGUGUACCUGUUAUCAUCAUGAUGAAAGCAAUGUCCGGACUUAGUGAUCGAGAAAUUACGAGCCUGAUUCUUCGUGAUUGUAAACGUAAUAUGGAAAUGUUUAAGCUGCUAUUGCCAUCGCUUGAACAAUGUAUUGAAUCGAAAAUUUAUUCAGAAAUCAAUGCAUUGGAAUUUAUUGGCAAAAAAAUUAGCCUAUCAAAAGAAAGUAGUCGUCAUCCAGCUAUGAUUGCAUAUGAUAUAAUCUAUAAUUCAGUAUUGACGCAUAUACCCGUUGUGAAUGAUUCAUUUUAUCCGAAAUUUUUCUAUUUAGCAUUCAUGGUACGGAGACUUUUGUUGGCACAUAUUGAUCCAGAAAAUCAUAUUGAUAAUCGUGAUUUUUAUGGCAAUAAACGUCUAGAAUUGGCUGGAACGUUGAUUGGUUUUUUAUUUGAAGAUGCAUUUAAACGUUAUAAUCUAACGAUAAUGAGUACGGCAAAUAAAAUGAUACCAAAAGUUAAAGUUUGUCAAUUCGAUGUAACAAAACAUAUGACCAGUAAUCUUAUAACACAUGCAUUGAAUAAUGCAAUCGCAACCGGUAAUUGGUCCAUACGACGUUUUCGUAUCAAUCGUAUUGGUGUAUCACAAGUAUUGUCACGAUUAAGUCAUUUGGCCAGUCUGGGAAUGUUGACCAGAAUUAAUUCACAAUUUGAAAAAACACGUAAAACAACCGGUCCACGAUCAUUACAAUCAUCAUAUUGGGGUAUUGUUUGUCCAAGCGAUACACCUGAAGGUGAAAGUUGUGGCCUAGUGAAAAAUAUUGCACUAAUGUGUCAGAUAUCCACUGAAGAUUCGGACGACGAUAUUGUACAAAUUUGUUCUGAAUCAAAUUUCGUUCUUGCAUAUGGUUGUGUUGAUCUAGAUCAAAUUGAUUUGAAUCUUUAUUAUCUAUUCAUAAAUGGUGUUAUUGUUGGUUAUGUUACCGAUCCAAAACCAUUCACUACAUUUAUGCGCCAAAAACGAAGACAAAGCCAGAUACCAAAAUUUACAACAAUAUUCACAAAUAAUUAUCAUCAAUCUGUUUAUAUUUGUUCAGAUGCAGGAAGAUUAUGUCGUCCAUAUAUAAUUGUCAAUGAAAAUGGUGAACAUCGUCUUACGCAGGAAUUAUGUCAAUUAAUUGAACGUAAUGUCAUGAAUUUUAAUGAUCUUAUUGAUUUGGGUAUAAUUGAAUAUCUGGAUAUGAAUGAAUUGAAUGAUUGUUUUAUUGCAUUAAAUGAUGAUGGUAUUGUGGCUGGCCAUACAACACAUAUGGAAAUUGAAGUAUUCACCAUUUUAGGUAUUUGUGCAUCAAUUGUUCCGUUUCCACAUUGUAAUCAAUCACCACGUAAUACAUAUCAAUGUGCUAUGGGUAAACAAGCAAUGGGUGUGAUUGCAUUGAAUCAAAAUCUUCGUAAUGAUUCAUUGCUAUACACUAUACAACAUCCACAAUAUCCAUUGGUGCAAACAAAACCAAUGAAAAUGUUUGGCUGGAUUCCGGCCGGACAGAAUCCUACCGUUGCCGUUAUGUCAUAUAGUGCAUAUGAUCUUGAAGAUGCUACCGUAUUGAAUAAAUCCAGUAUACAAUUAGGUUAUGCACGUUGUUUUGUGUAUAAAAAUGCAAAAAUUGAUCUGAAAACUUAUCCAAAUCGUAGUUGUCGUGAUACACUGUAUUAUCCUCGUACGACGAAUGAAUUAACUAGAACACAGAAUAAAUAUCUGACAUUGGAUUCGGAUGGUAUAGCAUCACCGGAAAGUUUUGUACAUUCUGGACAUAUACUGGUGAAUAAACAAUCACCUGAUGUAAUGAAUAAUAAAAAUCUGCUAGCACAACAACAACAAACCAAAUAUUAUGAUAAUGGUCUUGUUUAUCGUUCGGAAAAUAGCUCCGUUAUCGACAAGGUUACUAUUUCUAAUAAUGAUGAUGAAUUAGUCAUAAAAGUUUUAUAUCGUCAAAUGCGUGCACCAAUUGUUGGCGAUAAAUUUAGUUCAAGACAUGGUCAAAAAGGUGUUAUUGGUGCCAUAUUCAAUAAAUCCAUUUUGCCAUUCACAAGUUGCGGCAUUAGUCCGGAUACAAUAAUGAAUCCACAUGGUUUUCCAUCACGUAUGACUGUAGGAAAAUUGAAAGAAAUGACAGCAUCAAAAGCAGCUUCGUUGAAAGGAACAAUACAUGAUGCGACAGUUUUUAAUGGAACACCUAUGGAUGAUUGUUUUGAUAUUAUGCAUCAACAUCAUCGUCUGUUUUCUGGUAAAGAAUUACUUUGUUCUGGCAUAACUGGUGAAUUAUUACCAAAUGAAGUUUAUAUUGGUCCUAUUUAUUAUCAACGUUUGAAACAUAUGGUCAUGGAUAAAGUCCAUUCACGAUCGAUUGGUCCAACCAUAUCGUUGACUAGGCAACCAACGGAAGGUCGUUCACGUAAUGGUGGCCUACGAGUUGGUGAAAUGGAACGUGAUUGUCUUAUUGGCCAUGGUACUUCGAAUUCAUUAUUAGAACGUUUUAUGUUCUCAACGGAUGUUUAUGAAGUAGAAAUUUGUCAUAAUUGUAAUUUUUUAGUUGCAUCAAGAUUCUGUAUGCUUUGUAAUUCUUCGGACAAUGUGACUAAAGUACGUAUACCAUAUGCAUUCAAGCUAUUGGUACAGGAAUUGUUUGCAAUGGGCAUACAUCCGGCUAUGGGUUUUUGUUUAAGUAAAAAACUUUGAAAAUUUCUCAUUUACAUUAAUUAUCGCCUUUUUGUUUCACUAAAAAAAAAAAAAAUGGAAAAAUCCAUUGACAAAAAAAAAAAGCCAAUGAAAAGAUGACAACAAAAUAUUGU